AUGUCCACAGUUAUACCAGCACUUAAUAUAAGUGUGUCAAAAAGAUAUUUUUGGACAGAUUCCACUGUCACCUUAGCUUGGUUAGCUGCAGAUUCAGGCAGGUGGAAAACAUUCGUUGCGAAUCGUGUCAGUGAAAUCCAAACAUUAACUAAUAGUUUGGAGUGGGGACAUGUGAAAUCGAACGACAAUCCAGCUGAUGUAUUGUCACGAGGGUGUACGCCGAACGAAUUAAAAAUCAAUACGCUUUGGUGGCAUGGUCCGGUAUGGUUAAUAAAUAAUGAAUUUAAACAUUCAACAGCAUAUAUAGAAGGUUCCGCACAUAUAAAUGAUAUCAAAAAUGAAGAAAAGAUUACGCCUAUUAUAGUGUGUACUACAAAGGUGGGUGAGUCGUUUGACAUUGAUAAGUACUCGACGCUGAACAAAUUAUCGCACGUCGUUGCGUACUUAUUACGAUACAAAAACAACUCAUUAUCAAAACGUAAUAAUAUUCCGCGAAUUACCGGCCCGCUUAAUACAGACGAGGUAUUAACUGCAAUAAAAUCAAUAAUUAAACUAUUACAGGGCACAUAUUUUUCCUCGGAAAUUAAAGAUUUAAAAAGCAAACACUAUGUGUCGUUGAGUAGUAAUAUAUAUAAAUUAAACCCGUUCAUAGACGAUGAUGGAAUCGUGCGCGUGGGCGGUAGACUAACCAACGCGACACUUAUUGAUACAGAUCAACGAUUUCCAAUUAUUAUACCUAAGGAGACAAACUCUUCGAAAUUAAUUAUGUUACGCGAACACGAAAGGUUAAUGCACGCUGGUCCUCAUGCUACACUUGCAACGGUGCGAUUAAAAUAUUGGCCACUCAAUGGGCGGAGAUGUGCGCGAAAAGUCGUACAUCAAUGCGUAAAAUGUUUUAGAGCACGACCGAAAAAUGUGUCACCUUUAAUGGGUAAUUUACCCAAAUUUCGAGUCGAUCGGGCGAGUAGAUGUUUCGAGAAUUGUGGGGUAGAUUACGCAGGACCGUUUCUAUUGAAAUGCAGUAAUCGACGAAAUGCCGCAGCUCAAAAAGCAUAUAUAUGCGUGUUCGUAUGUUUCGCGACGAAGGCUGUACAUUUAGAACUAGUGUGUGAUUUAAGCACAGAUGCAUUUAUCGCUGCUUUAAAAAGAUUCAUAUCCCGCCGAGGUUUAUGUAAAAAUAUAUAUUCCGAUAACGCCACUUGCUUCGUAGGUGCGAACAAUAAAUUUAACGAAUUAAAACAAUUAAUGUCGGUGGAAGACCACAAAAAACGGAUUAAUCAAUUUAUGACCAAUAAUGAAAUGACAUGGCAUUUCAUUCCUCCACGGGCCCCUCAUUUCGGCGGACUGUGGGAGGCGGCGGUUCACAGCAUUAAAAAACAUUUAAAUCGCAGUAUAGGAUCCGUAAAAAUGACCUACGAUGAGUUCUAUACGCUAAUAGUACAGAUUGAAGCGUGUUUAAAUUCACGACCACUUACCCCGUUAUCUACUGAUCCUUUUGAUUUAUCCGUCCUUACUCCUGGCCAUUUUUUAAUAGGAGACUCACUCUCAGCGUUGCCAGAACCAGAAAUAAAUAACUUAACCAAUAAUUUGUUGUCACGGUGGCAAAAGGUACAACACAUUACGCAUCAAAUUUGGAGACGUUGGAGCUUAGAGUAUCUAAGUCAACUCCAAGAACGUUCCAAAUGGAAUAAGCCAGAUAACUCCGUUGUAAAAAUUGGUUCCAUGGUUUUGAUAAAAGACCAAAAUUUGCCCCCGUUACAAUGGCACCUGGGACGCGUGAGCGAAGUAUUUCCGGGCAGUGACGGCGUCGUACGAGUCGCAACGGUGAAUACUCCAAUCUUAGAAGCAAUUGAGAGGUAUUUUCAUACCUCUCUUAAAAGUUUAAUGACACCUCAUUGCGAGGUGUCAUUAAACAACCAUUCAAAAUUCGAUAUUAAUUGCCAGGCAUGCAGGGAAAAAAAACCUUCCAUCGAAAGUUAG